AAGACAGACAUUAAUUAACAUAAAAAGAAAAAAAAAAAAAAAUAUAUAUAUAUAUAUAUAUAUAUAUAUAUAUAUAUAGCUAUGGUAGAAAGGAGAAGAAUUGGGUGUGCAGCACCUUGUCCAAAUGUGGUCUCUUGUGCAUUUCUGAAGACAGCUUAUCUUUUAGUAAUAGUUGUUUUAUUCAUGGUCCUGCUGCUGCAAUCUGGGAGGCAGUCCUGCAAGCCCGCUGACAUCUCAGAGAGAUCAGUUCAUCUACUCAGUGGAAAGAAUCAGGAUUUUUUCAGCAACUGCUCCCGAAUCAUCAAAGGGGACGUGGAAGCCAUUGAGCAGGCACUCUUGAGCCAGUUACUUAUUGCAAAUAAGAAAAAGCCUUUAACUGAGAAUGACUAUUUGGACAUGACUGUGGAUUGUCCUGCCUUUGUAAAAAACAGAAGAUUCCUUACCUUCCCACUCAGCCAGGAGGAAAGAGACUUCCCAAUCGCCUACUCCCUUGUGGUGCAUGAGAAAAUCGAGAUGUUUGAAAGGCUUCUGAGGGCCAUUUACAAUCCCCAGAAUGUUUACUGUGUCCAUAUAGACAAGAAGUCUCCAGAGGACUUCAUCAAGGCUGUGAGAGCCAUCGUGUCCUGCUUGCCAAAUGUCUUUGUGGCCAGUAAGCUGGAGAAAGUGGUCUAUGCUUCUUGGUCAAGGGUGCAGGCUGAUCUGAACUGUAUGAAGGAUCUUCUUGCAGCAGGUGUCCAAUGGAGGUAUCUUCUGAACACCUGCGGGACUGACUUUCCAAUCAAGACCAAUGCUGAGAUAGUCCGAUCCCUCAAAGUGCUGAACGGCAAGAACAGCUUAGAGUCUGAAACUACCUCAGAGCAUAAGAAAACCCGUUGGAUGUACCAUUACGAGGUCACGGAUUCCAUAGGCAGGACUGAUACAAAGAAGAGCCCACCUCCUAUUAGCUCCCCAAUGUUCUCAGGCAAUGCUUACUUUGUUGUCUCCAGGGAGUUUGUGGAGGACCUGUUUGAAAACCCUGAAGCACAGAAACUUAUUGAAUGGGAAAAGGACACCUACAGCCCUGAUGAGCACCUCUGGGCCACUCUCCAAAGAAUGCCUGGGGUACCGGGCUCCAACCCACCAAAUGAAAAAUUCCACGUCUCAGAUAUGAACUCCAUUGCCCGGCUAGUGAAAUGGUCAUACUUGGAAGGGGAUGUCAGUAAAGGAGCUCCCUAUCCACGCUGCACUGGGAUUCAUCGAAGAGCAGUUUGCGUCUAUGGCUCUGGGGAUCUUCAGUGGAUGCUCAGACAACAUCAUCUCUUUGCCAAUAAAUUUGACCCUGAAGUGGAUGACACUGCAAUCCAAUGUCUUGAAGAGCAUCUCAGACACAAGGCUAUUUAUGGAGAAGGGUUCUAGACACUGAGUUUGAUGACUGUAGGAAGACACCAACCACACAAGGACUCUCAAAUUCCUACAGGAACAUUAUUUAUUGCAAUAAACAUCUUUUCAUGUGUUGUAGUAAUACAUGAAUUUAACCUUUUUUUAAUUGUAUCAUGUGGACUUUA